AUCUUGUAGUGAUGCUAAUCUGGCUACUUUAUGUUGCUUGUCAUGAUUCGAAUGAUACUGUCUGUAUCAUUAUAUAUUUGACUUAAUUCAGUACCUCGUCAAACUUACUUUUAGCGGCCUAGCUCAUUCUACGCCAUUAUUGUUUCUUUUAGGGUUACCUAACCAAGGCAGACGGCACCGUUACAGAUACAAUAUAUUACCAAGAGUAUUUGCUCACCCAUCCAAAUGAUCAGAAUCAGGUAUAUUAAUUACUUGGCCUGGCUACAUACGUAUAAAACCAAGCACCUAGGCAUGCUGACUGUUUCUACAAACAUUUGUUAAAGAAUGGGCCGCUCUCAGGAGCUCAGUGAAUUCCCAACGUGGAACUGUUAUAGGAUGCCCCCUGCCCCACACACACAAGCAAAGACGGGUACCAUUACAGAGGUAAUGUACAUUUUACCUUUGACAUCAACGUUAAAGUACUGUCAGUACUUGUGUGCAGUCCACAGUUCUCUCGUUCCGCAGUAUUCCAUUGCCACUGUACUCUUAUGACUCUUAUCAAAAUAUCUUAAUAAAUCAUUGCUGUUUAUUGGUUGAAUGCGGUCUAUUAUUAAAUAAUCAAAAAUGAGCAUAUUUCAACAAAUUAAUCAUUUUCAAGCAUAAAAAAAAUCUGAAAUAGAAAUGUCUUCAGAAGAUUCAUUCAAAAACAUUGUGAUAUGUGGUGUAAUUGUCCCUCGUUUAACACAGUUAAUAGGUUCAUAGGUUUACAUAAAAUCUGAUUUAAUUAUCGUUGUAGUUCCAUAUUGAAUCGUUUACCACAAUGGCGAGUUCCCCUACUUAGUAUAGAUAAAAACCUAUUUCUAUCUACGAUUAAAUGUGAUUGAGUUAACUGUGGACAAAAUGUGAUUAAUUGCGAUAAAAUAUUUUAAUUGGUUGACAGCUCUGAUUAUUAUACAUUUUGCUGAUAUGUUGAAAAUUUUCAUUAAGAAAAUGCAGACUGACCAAAGAAGCAGACUGUUGUUUCACAAGCUCUUGGGCAUUGCAGAGGCAGUUGACUUCUGCACACAAAUCGUAAUGGUCUGCAUAUGUCCAAAGAAACACCCAAAGCACACAAUGUUUGGUUCUUACUUUAAUUCAUUUGUAUGUUGGCAUUUCCAUUGCAGAGUGAGGAGGCAAUAUUCAAACUGCAGUGUCACAAGGGAUUCUCCACUGGUCACUAGGUGUCAUUAAUUUUACGUGGAUUAGACCAGGGGUGCUCAUUAAGUCGAUCGCGAUCUACCGGUCGAUCGCGGAGGUGGUACUGGUCGAUCGCGGCGUGACAUUAAAAAAAUAUCAUCCUAGCAUCAAUGCCGUCACUUGAUUGAUAUACAGGGCAGCCAUUCAGAUGACAACUGAAUGUUGCCCUUCGGGCGACCAAUCAAAUCAAACAACGUCUCUAAGUGCAGCAGAACUUACGAUGUCAGCCUAUCAUCCAUCCCCGUUACUUGAUUGACAUACAGGACAACCAGUCAGAUGACAACUGAAUUUUGACCUUUAGGUCACCGCUCAUGCGUAAACAACGAUGCAAAGUGCUAAGCUAGUCGGCGAAUUGCGUCAGAUUUUAAGCCCUCGCUAAAGUUUAUGGUCACUAAAAUGAGUGAAGUAGCUGGACCAAGUAAAAAGGCAAAAACAUAUCACUUCCGUACGGAAUGGGAGGUGGAUUUUUUUUUUCACAAUGUCUUUUUCGAAGUGCGUUUGCCUGGCUAACCUGGCUAUCAGCAGCUACUGUCCGGACUAUGCAUCCCUGGCUGAUUCAAUUCAGUGCAAGUCAUCAAAGUAAACUCAGGGCUGCUGACGGAUGGACGAAGAAGUCACUCCAUUGAACCAGACUUCAGUCAGUGGACCUUCGGCAAAAACAACCUUUGAUAAAGUCAUGCUUUUUUAAACAAGCAAUGGCUUCUUGUGACGUUGACAAGCCGCCAAGUAAGACCAGGGACUUGGAUACUGUUUCGGGAACACUUUCGAGAUGCAGCCUCCCUGAUGUUACAGAGGAGCACCAGCCUGAUACAUCAAAUGCUAUAAUCAAAUCUCAGAAAGCUGGGAAAUUUAGGACUGCCCUGACAUUCUUCGGUGUUCGCAAAAGCAUGUGUAUUUUACCAAGCUUUUUUGGAGGGAGGAGUAAAAACCAGAGCAGGUGGUCUUCUAAGAAGGGAAUCUACAAAAGCAAAACACAUGAUGGGCUAAGCCAAAUAAGUAAUGACAACAGCCUGAGAGGUGGAUCCACUUCCACUGCGGAUUUUGAGUACCACAACCAGAGUGACCGCGUUGAAAAGCUCCACAGUAAUGAAUGUAAUGUAAUGCCUCUCCCCAGUGAACAUAAAUCGCAAUCCCUCAAUAGACAGAAACGGAGUCUGAAAAGCUUUUUAAAUAAUUUUAAGCAUCACAAAAACCAUAGAAAUUGUGGUUCAGAGAAAACUGAAACAAUUGUGAUGUCUUCUCCUCACUGCCAAAAAGUGGCUGUUGUCCAGGACAGUCCCCACCAGUUUGUUACAGAAUGUCUGGAAUCUGAACCAGAUGUGCCUGAUUUUGCUAUCUGUGAUAUUUCACUGGCACCUGAAUGUACUGAUGUUGAAAUGGUGGCUUUUGAGAAGAAUCUAAAGCAAGAUAGGCCAAAAACUGAGCUUGGCGAUGAUUUAAGUCUUGAUCAUAUUGAUGAAAGUCAUUUGAUGGCCGUGGUUUCCAGUGAAUACAAGGACAUUGGUAGAGGACAUAGCGAGCCUUGCCUGUUACUUGAGAUGAUGCCUGAUCCAGCACUGAAGUCUGAAACACCUGCAAGCUCGUCUGAUCAACUGAACCUAAUUUACGGAGGUGAGGUGGCCUCACUGAAGAGCUUUGAUUCACUCACUGGGUGUGGGGACAUCAUUGCAGAUCAAGAAGAUGACAGCCUCACAGAGAGUACCGCUUCUGGAGAAAGGAGUAGAAAUGGAGGUGGAAAGAGGGCCUCCUGUUUUCUUACCUAUCAGGGUGGUGGGGAGGAAAUGGCCUCACCUGAAGAUUUAGAUGAGCAGUGUCUUGAAGGUUUCUGGGAUAAUAAUGCAUCAGCAGACCCUUGCUUUUCUUGCAACCAAGACCACACCAAUUCGGCCAACCCCACAUGUUCACACAACAUGGCCUUGGUGAACAGUGAUGGUGCACAUCAAGCCAGCGCAAUGAACACAUCAGCUGAUGUGUUGACCCCUCAAAGCGAGCAUCAAGAAUCUGUCCCUAAUAGCGAUGAAGGCUACUAUGAUUCAACAACCCCAGGUCCAGAUGAAGGACAAGACAGAAUAGACCAUCUAAGGACAGACAGAUUACCGAGGGACAGUUAUAGUGGGGAUGCCCUCUAUGAACUGUUUGCAACAGAUGAGAGUCUUAUCAGUCCACAUAAUGAAAGCAAACAUAGACUGCCAAGUUCCAUACCAAGUGAGCGACUAGAUGGGACUGAUUUGGCCUUCUCUGAUAUUAACGCAUUAAAAGGAACAGACCUUUAUAAGGGGAAGGACUUCAUCGAGGUGCAGGGCACAUGUAAGACCUUGGAGUUGACACAAAAUGUAGCUCUGCAAGCGAUAGACUGGACGAAGUAUCAUUUGAGUUCAAAACCACAGGCAACAGAGAAUUAUGAAGCAGAUGCAUUUGAUGAAAAGGGAAAAGUGCUUGCUUCCUCAAAAAUUAUGAAUGUCGAGGAGAAGAGGCACAGCAACAUAUCAUUCACAAGUACAUCUGAUCCAGAUUUUGAAACAUUCUGUGAACCCAAAGAGCAACAGCUUGAGGAAAACAAGCCUGUUGCAUUGCCGUUCCGAAAUGUCAAUUCUCAGACUCUGGAUUGUAGUAGUCUGGAUGGUGACCAAACCGUGUGUUUCUCUCAAGCGCUUGAAAACUAUGAGAAAACCUCUCAGAUGCUGAGUGACUUGCACAACACAAGUGUGGAUGUCUUGGAGACAAACACUGCCCUCACCCCAAACAUGGAGGCCUUACCCACUAUAGUUGCGUUUGAUGUUGUGGACUUGCAUAAUGAGGGGGAGUACGACGAGCAGAUUCACAUAGAACUGGAGGAGGAUAUCUCAUCACCCUAUCAGGAAUUGGAAGACGGCUACCUCCAAAAAGAUGCUUUUGCAGAAUGUGACGAUCAAAUGUUAGACUUGUAUGAACAGAGUCUGAUUAGUAACAUGUGGGCCAUCGCUAGUCUCCCACGGCACCGAGGCCUUACAAGACUUAGCCAGACCAUGUCCAAUCCAUUGUCUCUCGAAAGGAGAAGUAGGUCUCUGGACACGGAAAGCCUUCAGUUGAAUAUACCUGAUGCAUACAGACAGGGCAGAGCGGCUUCCCUUUCUUGUCCCCAAGCUGGGAGAGACUAUGAGAGAUAUUACAAAAAGAAUGUCCUCGUGUCUGCACCACAGGUUAGAGAUGGCGGUCGAGCUAUGGCCUUACCAUGGCAAAUGCGGUCAGAAAUGUCUUUCAGCCAUCCUCUGAGAGAUGGCAGCCUCACUGAAGUAGUUCAGAAACAUACAUUAUUUUCUGAUUCAUCCAGCAGGUGUUUACCUAACAGUAAAAUCCACCUUUGCUCUGAUGUGCCAAUGUCACAGGAGGCAGAGCUUUGCAGUAGGCCAUGCCACCUUCCCUUGCCAUCAGGUUCUUGUUUAUCUCACAGCACCUUAGCCACGCCAUGCAAUACAGACAAGGAUGAGUUUUGCAAAGCUGCUGCCGAUUUGCAGUCAUACAUUCAGUGUGGUAAAAGCAGACAAGCGGCUAUUAGGGAGAAAGCAACUCUCACUAGUGUGCCUACAGAUGACCCGCCAAAAGAUGCGACGAGUACUGCAGCGGACAACAAACACCACAACCUGAGCUUAAAUUUGAAAGGCUCUCAAUAAUAGAGUCAGCAGGACAAUGAUGUGACAUUGAUUUUUGUGCUCAUUAUGUGCUCAUUAUGUCCUACUUGAACAAUCUAUUUGAAAUGUCCUGCUCAAAGAGUUAGCUGAAAAUAAAUUUAAACUACAGCAGACUGGUUAUUGGUAUGUGUAAAUGGUAUUUACACACAAAUGAAUGCUUGCAUCUUUACAUCCACCAGUUGCCUCCUAAAUAUUUCACUUGACACAUAUUUGUUUCUUCUUUACCGCGUAGAUUUGCCCCAUUACAUGUCUCUGGUGUGUUUGUAGCUGUUUUCUUUGUUCACCUCAUUUCAAGGUCCAAUAUUUUUAAAGCUGACAUUACAUUUUUACAAAAAUCUAGUUGUCUGUUUGCAGUACAAAAGGACUCUCUUGCUCACUUUUAUUGUGGUAUUGAAAAUGUUGAAAUUGAUUCAUACUUCUUGCACAUACCAUUACUGUAGAUAAUAUUGCAGGAUCAGGUUUGUGUAGCAGAGGAGUGAAAUGCAGCUUGAGAACGUACAGUGAAAGUAAGCUACAAGGAAUGACUGCUUCACAUUCACAUCUUGUGAAUUUAAUUUUUUAUGGUGUCAUCAGACAUUGUCUCUUAAUAGUUGUUCUCUGCUGUUUGUGUAAGAGUGUACUAAAAUGCUAUUACAAAUCUGUUUUGGAAAGUCUGUUUUAUCAAUGUAGAACACUGCCUUAAAAUAAAGACUGUGUAAACACGGCUUAAUGUUCCUUGCCAAGGUAGGCUCAUGGUGGACCACUUUCUUGACUUGACUUGAGAUUAAAGAUUUGAGACUGAUGUGCAAAACACUAACCUUUGCCCACCUCUGGUAAACUUGAAUUUCUUCAAGGUUUGCAGGUCCAUUUGUGUUUUUAUUCAUUCUGGUAUACUAGCGUGUUUACUGAUGUUUACUGAUUGCUAAACAUUUGAUGAGCAGCUCACAGAGGCGGUUUGAGGCCUUCUGGUUUUAAAAACUUUAACACAAUCUUGCAAAAGUUUCUUGUGAUUUUCGGGGGGAAUGUCCCCUUAUGGUCUCCGUAGAGAACCACUACUUUUAGUGCACACUUCACUGACACUUGUGAGGAGGGUUUCUAGUUUUAUAUACUAGAAAACUAAAACGACAUGAAAU